AUGGACGGAGCUCCUAGAGGUCGUAGCGCGAGAGGGCGCGGUGCUAGAGGUCGUGGCGGCAGAGCUGGAGGCCGAGCAGGCCGAGGUCGAGGUCGUGGACUUCCGGAGGAAUUGGGAGCAGAGUCGUCCCUGAAAAGUGGGCCACAAGCAGCUGCUUGCUCCCAAGGCCGGCUCUGGUCGGGAGAGUGUGUUGCGCAGAGUGUGACGACUGCGUCGGUGACCCAGUCAGUUCCAUUGGCGGGUGAUGCCAGUGUGAGUGUUGGUUUGGGAGCUGCUCCGGGUGGGGGUGGCGCUCCGGCUCCGGGUCGUGAUGACUUAGUGGUGGAGUUGCUGACGCAUUUAUUGGCUCGUUUUCCGCCGGGGGCUCCAGGAGUACCGCCAGUGGCGGGGAUGCAGCAUGUUGCUGCAGAUGUUGUGCAGCCGGAGGCUGUGGGUGCGGGUGUGUCCCGUUAUUUGGAGUUUAUGGGCCACAUGCAGAGAAUUGGUACGCCUUUCUUCGAGGGCAGAGUUGGUCCGGAGGAGGCAGACGCGUGGCGUCAAAGAGUGGAGCGGAAGUUUCAGUCGAUCUGUUGUCCUAUGGAGUAG